AUGGACUCCCUCACAGCAUCUGAGCAGCGCGAGCUGCAGUCGCGCAUGGAGAAGAAGCAGAUGAAGGAAUUCAUGAACAUGUACUCGAACCUGGUGCAGCAAUGCUUUGACCACUGUGUCAACGGCUUCGAGAGCAAGUCUCUGACCUCGCGCGAAGAGAGCUGCGUGAUGCGAUGCGUCGACAAGCACAUGAAGGGCUCGCAGCGACUAGGCGACCGCUUCCAAGAACAGAAUGCCGCUAUGGCUCAGGGCGGCGGCAUGGGCGGAAGAUAG